UUCGGCUGCUAUUAAAAGUGGACGUAUUACCGACUAUCACCACUGUUGUUUACUGUGGUCGAAGUGCUCACUACACAAUAAGAAUGUUUGUGAUUGCUAUCAAAAUUUUGACGACAUUGCUAAAAAUAAUACUGUUGGUAAUAGUAACAGGCUUGCUGUUUCGUAUAAGCAACGUUUCAAUCAUAUUUGAAGAGCAGGAGCUGACGAAUGCUACCGAUGGAAGCGCUAAUACGUCAUUGUUGCAUUCAAACUCCGAACCAGCAGAAUCAGUGGCGGACGUAUUAUUCUCCGCAUUUAUCUUUCUUGCAAUAAUCGUUUUCGGAAGUGUCGCUUUUUUUGGUAACAUCACCACAAUAUGUGUUGCAUUAACUACGAAAGAAAUACGAAGGAAACGCAGCAAUUACCAAAUAAUGAAUCUGGCUGUAAAAGAUGCUAUAAUGGGGGCGUUGUUUAUCGUAAUGUUAUGUACAAUUGCACCCGAAGUAAAUCAUCUUUCUUUUAUUGCGUUUGUACUAAGUCAUUCAUCUUCAAUCACAAUUUUGACAGUUGCAAUGGAACGCUGUUUUGCUGUUAUUGCGCCAUUUCAACAUAUCCGGUACGUUACAAAGAAGGCAUUGAUCAUUGUUAUAGUCAUAGAUUGGUGUGUAAAUAUAAGUUUAGUUAUUACUCAUGAAUUGGUAUAUUCAUAUUUUUAUCGAUAUGCUUUUCAGGAAGUUACUUUUAUUUAUUGUCUUGGACUACUAAUUGCUUCAGUGGUUACAUUCCUCUUACAUCUAGUGAUGAUUUUAGUUGUAAGGCGACAUGCUUCAAAUAUUAACCAAUUAACCAAUGUAUCGCAAAGAAGAAUAAGGCAAAAUACUAACCUGAUAGUUACAUUCGCAUUGAUUGCUGGAAUAUUUCUUGCCUGCUAUUUACCGUUUGCUGUUACUAUCUUAAUCGACCUCAUAAGGGGAAAUUUAAAUCUUCAUAAGGCUAGAGUAAUACUGUGUCCAUUUUUGCCAUUUAAUUCAGCGGCUAAUAUGUUUAUCUACUGGUGGCGAAUUCCAGAAUUUCAAAUGGCUUAUAUGCGUACACUGUGUUGUCAGAGAAAUACAUAAGUCCCAAAAGGAAAGGUGAUUAAACCCUGACCUACAGCAAUGGAAACAUAUUGAUAACAAUAUUAACUCAAUAGGAGUAUGCCUAAAUUAAUUAGGAAACUUAGGCAAAUUAGUAUAGUAGACCUACAUAUGUAUACAUUUCACAAAAACUAGGCCUUUCUUUCUACUUUUGGGCGGACAAUGUUUAUGUAGUCACAGGAAUUUGUUCCUUCUCUGUAUAGCUCCAUCCGUCUCUUGUUGAUCUUUUUUAUCUUUGUAACGUAGUUGCAGACUUGAUUGGAACAAAUGGAUAUAUUAUAAAUCCGAUGUUGGUCUAUUAUGGGUUAAAUUUACUAAAAUAAUUCUCGAAUAUAUAGUAUUGCGAAUUAUUACUACUAUCUUAAUUUUAUAUAUUUGUAAAUGAUAUGCAUAUCCUUAAUCAUAUGUUAAUGAUAAACAUUUUAAGGACUGUCCGACUAUCAAAUUUUAUUUUACAAACACAAGUGACAUGCCUUAACAUGGUCAUGAUGACAUGACAUCAUGACUAUAUAUGAGCAUAUAGUCAAAAAGAAUGUCAUAGUCUGGCCAGGGCUUUAGUAGCUGUCAUCCCAAUUUGAAAAUGUAGAAUGGCAAUGUAUAGCCACUUUGCUUAUAAAAUAAAAAUAAUAAUAAUAAAAAUAAUAAUAAUAAUAAUAAUAAUAAUAAUAAUAAUAAUAA